UAAAUUACAAUGUCAAAAAUUAUUACACUUUGUUUGCAAUACAUGAACUAUACCGCUAUUUUUCUCGGAUUCACCAGACUUCGCAUUGAUUAUAACAACCAGAAGAUAUACGAAUCGAGAAUCAUAGAUGUCUAUGUUGUGAUUGCCAAUAUCAUCACAGUGGUGCUGCUGCCAUGUGCUCAUGCAAUAUCCAUCAAAUAUAUAACCGCGAAUUUCAAAAAUAAUUUACUCGCCUUCACCGAUUUGGUCAAUCUGUUGAUCGUUUACACAGUUGUUGUGUUUUCGGUAGUGAGCCGCUGCCGCCGUGAGCGUAUCUAUAAGGAGAUAUCGCAAGAUAUUUUCAAACUGGACAGAACUUACUUUAAUAAACUGACUAUGAAUGCACGCAUCGAGAAACUGGCCGAUUUGGUCAUAUUACUCAAAAUGGUCACUACCAGCCUUGAUCUAUUUAUUCCCAUCUAUGGCAUAUUUAAUCAGGCGAUACGCGUGGACGUUUAUGUAUGGAUGCUGGCGUUGUACACAAGUCUCAUAGAGAGCAUUUUGAAUUCAGUGCUGUUCUUGUUCUUCUACAUGCUCUGGCAGGUGCGGAAGCGCAUGUGGCGCCUAAACGCACGCCUCAAGGAAUUGCUGCACAGUCUGCAGAAGUUGCAUAAGAGCGCCGCUGGCUUAUUGCUGCCAAACAGUUGCACUCUACAGCAGUUUAGUGCAUUGGCAGCGGAGGAGCUGUACGAAAUAAAGGGGGUGCAUGCACGACUCAGCGCGAUGUUGUUGCGUCUGAACUCAGUCUACCGAUGGCAAAUCAUUGUGGUGUUACUAACAUAUUUAAUAAGCAACAUAUCGUACGGAUACUAUUUUGUGGUCUCGCUAAGUGACCCCAUUAAUAUGCCGCAGAGUGUGCCGUCUAUAAUUACGUCAUUGGUGGCAAGUAUGAUUGUCUUUAUUGACAUCAAUUUGCUGUACUGGGGCGCGGACGCUACGACGUUCGCCUGCCAAUCGACCAGGCAAAUACUGCAACGCUUCCAAGUGCUGCCAUUGAUGAGCUCCGCUUUUGAGCGACAGUGCGAAAGUUUUGCUCUACAGCUGAGACAGCAAAAAGUGACUAUCAACAUCGCCGGCAUGUUCUCCCUGAACCGGCAGACUUCACUGGCUCUUUGGGCCUUCUGCGCGCGCCACAUAGUCAUAUUGGUGCAAUUCGAUUUUGAAGCGCGAAAGAAUUCGAAACGAUCAAGCGGCGUACUGGAGCGUAUUAACCACAUGCUACGGCUUGGUGAUGACUAUAUAGAUGUAUGA